UGUAAGAAAUUUUGACAUAUUUCCAUUAGGAAAGUAUGACAUACAGAAAAUAAUUGGAUAUCAUUAUACUGAAGUAAGAAUUUGUAUAGUGUAUAGUGCUAAUUGAAGCUAGCUAUCGAAGCAAGCUUAAAACGCCGGCAUCUAAAAAAAAUAAAAGUCUAAAUUGUCACCAUGACAUCUGCAAGGGAUUUAAUUAAAAUUGAUAUAGAAUGGGGCAUGGAACGAUUGGUGCGCGCCCAGCAAGUCGUCGAGCUGCGGCCAUACGACAUCGAAUCGUGGUCCGUGAUGCUUCGCGAGGCACAGACUCGACCCAUCCACGAGGUACGCAGCCUCUACGAAUCCCUGGUGAAUGUUUUUCCCACAACAGCGCGCUACUGGAAGCUCUAUAUCGAAAUGGAGAUGCGCAGCCGAUACUAUGAGAGAGUGGAGAAGCUCUUCCAGCGUUGUCUGGUCAAAAUUCUCAACAUUGAUCUGUGGAAACUCUACCUGACCUAUGUCAAAGAGACCAAAGCGGGUCUCAGUACCCACAAAGAAAAAAUGGCUCAAGCAUAUGAUUUUGCUUUGGAAAAGAUUGGCAUGGACCUGCAUUCGUUUAGCAUUUGGCAGGAUUAUAUUUACUUUUUGCGUGGUGUGGAAGCUGUGGGCAACUAUGCGGAGAAUCAAAAGAUCACAGCUGUUCGGCGUGUCUAUCAAAAGGCGGUGGUGACGCCCAUUGUGGGCAUUGAGCAGCUUUGGAAAGAUUAUAUUGCUUUUGAGCAGAACAUCAAUCCGAUAAUAUCAGAGAAAAUGAGCUUAGAACGGUCCAAGGACUACAUGAACGCUCGUCGUGUGGCGAAAGAGUUGGAAUUUCAUACAAAAGGGCUCAAUCGCAAUCUGCCCGCUGUGCCACCGACACUCACCAAAGAAGAAACUAAACAGGUGGAGCUGUGGAAACGUUUCAUUACCUAUGAGAAGUCAAAUCCUUUGCGCACAGAGGACACGGCGCUCGUCACUCGACGCGUGAUGUUUGCCACAGAGCAGUGUUUGCUGGUUUUGACACAUCAUCCAGCUGUUUGGCAUCAGGCAUCGCAAUUCCUGGACACCAGUGCACGCGCCCUCACCGAGAAAGGCGAUGUGCAAGCAGCUAAGAUCUUUGCAGACGAAUGCGCCAACAUACUGGAACGCUCCAUCAAUGGUGUGCUCAAUCGCAAUGCUCUGCUCUAUUUCGCCUACGCGGACUUCGAGGAGGGUCGACUCAAGUACGAGAAGGUGCACACCAUGUACAACAAGCUGCUCACCCUGCCGGACAUCGAUCCCACGUUGGUUUAUGUGCAGUAUAUGAAGUUCGCUCGUCGCGCUGAGGGCAUCAAAUCGGCGCGUAGCAUUUUUAAGAAAGCCCGCGAGGACGUUCGGUCGCGCUAUCACAUAUUUGUGGCGGCCGCUUUAAUGGAGUACUACUGUUCCAAGGAUAAGGAGAUUGCAUUUCGCAUCUUCGAGCUGGGCCUGAAACGAUUCGGCGGCAGUCCCGAGUACGUGAUGUGCUACAUCGACUACCUCUCCCACUUGAACGAGGACAACAACACGCGUGUGCUAUUCGAGCGUGUCCUGAGCUCCGGCGGUCUGUCGCCCCACAAGAGUGUGGAAGUCUGGAAUCGUUUUCUCGAAUUCGAGUCGAACAUCGGCGAUCUGUCCAGCAUUGUCAAAGUGGAGCGAAGACGCAGUGCGGUCUUUGAAAAUCUGAAAGAGUACGAAGGCAAAGAAACGGCCCAGCUGGUGGAUCGCUACAAGUUCCUUGAUCUAUAUCCUUGCACCAGCACCGAGCUCAAGUCCAUUGGCUAUGCUGAGAACGUCGGCAUCAUUUUGAAUAAGGUGGGCUCUGCGGCUGGGAAUAGCGACGGGGACGGGGAUGGCGAGACAGCGCAGCCCCUGCCACGCCCAGAUUUUUCCCAGAUGAUACCAUACAAGCCGCGGUCGUGCGCCCAUCCCGGCGCCCAUCCGCUGGCGGGCGGCGUCUUUCCACAGCCACCAGCGCUGGCUGCGCUCUGCGCCACCCUGCCACCCCCAAAUAGUUUUCGGGGUCCAUUUGUCAGUGUGGAGCUGCUCUUCGAUAUCUUUAUGCGCCUCAAUUUGCCAGAAUCGGCUCCACAACCGAAUGGCGAUAACGAUUUAACGCCCAAGAUCUUCGAUUUGGCCAAAUCGGUGCACUGGAUCGUGGACACCAGCACGUAUACGGGUGUGCAGCACAGUGCGACCACGAUGCAGCCCCGUCGACGCCGCCUGCUGCCCGGCGGCGACGAUAGCGACGAUGAGCUGCAGACAUCGGUGCCACCGACGAACGAUAUUUAUCGAUUGCGUCAACUGAAGCGCUUCGCCAAGUCCAAUUGAAUCAGUUGAAGCAAUUGCGUUCUUUAUUUUAAUGGAUUUUUUUUUUAUAUAUUC